GCAACAGCAGCAUGCCAGGCGGCGGCGGGCGGCGGCGGAAGGGGACGGCGCUGACGGGGGUCGAGCCUGGGCGCUGCCGGCGGCGGCGGGCCUGCUGGUGGCCGCGUCGCUCUCCUUGCUGGUGCUCCUGCUGGGCCUCUCCGGGGCGGCGCUGUCCGUGGCAGCGGCGGCGGGCGGGGCCUGGGCUGCGGCGGCGGCGGCCGGGAAAAGCAGAAAGUCGCCGCCGUUUGCGCGGCCCGCCCCCACCGAAGCCUCCCGCUUCAAGGCCGGCGCCUUGGCAAACGGCGGCCCUGCUAUGAGCUGCAGCCCGGCGGACCGGAGGCGGCUCUGCGGAAAUCACCUAACACCACCAACUCAUUUUGCGCUGCGCCGGCGCUACCCAAUCCAGCAGGCCCAGUAUGCCACCCUGGGAACUCUGCCUUCCAUUUGCUGGGAUAGUUAUCGGCGCAAAACCAGGUUGACUGCUCACAACUCUGUCAUGGUCCAGAGCCCAGUGACUGUGAAGAUUGCUCGGCCAGACAGUAAUAUUGGCCGUUCCCCGAUGUUGGAAGAGCUGGCUUCGCCUUUGGCUUUCUCUCCAGUGCCCAACAAUACCCUAGACCCAUGUGCAAAGGAGACCGUGUUGAAUGCUCUUAAAGAGAGCAGGAAGAGGAAUGUGGAAGAUGAUGACAACAGCUUCCAAAGUGGCCAGGAAAACAAGAGACGGCGCCGUGAUAGCAGUGGCAGUGGACAGUCUGCAUUUGAGCCCCUGGUGGCCAAUGGAGCCCCAGCAUCUCUGGUACCCAAGCCUGGUUCCCUGAAGCGGAGCCUCAUCUCCCACAGUUUGGAUAACUGCUCUUCCAAGAGAUCACGUACAUCCUCCCUCAGUUCCGUGAACAGCCUUUAUGUGGGCGGAAUUCCCAGUUCCAUCCGCAAUGCUAUCGCCAGCUCCUACAGCUCUACCCGAGGCCUCUCUCAGCUGUGGAAAAAAAGUGGCCUAAGUAACUCUCCUCUCUCCAGUCCGGCAUCCUCCCGUUCGCAGACUCCUGAAAGACCCAACAAGAAAGCAAGGUACCCCGACUCCAGCCUCACAGAGGCAGAGUCUCACCGAUCCAGCACUUCAACACCUGUGAAGGCAAACACAGAAAUGCAGGUGGAGAUGAAUGCAGAAACGCCUGUGCAGAACAGACGCAGCUCUGUACAUUUGCAGUCUUCUUCUGGCAGCGGCGGCAAACGCAAGCGUAAGAUCCAGCUACUCUCUGCUCGGCGUGGAGACCAUUUCACCUUGCCGCCUCCACCUCAGCUGGGCUAUGCUAUUACUUCGGAGGACUUGGAUGCAGAAAAAAAGGCAGCCCUGCAGUGGUUCAACAAGGUCUUGGAGGAUAAAACUGAUUCUACCCCAAGUACAUCUGCAGAGACUGCCUCCCCACUUAAUACGCCGUCGUCCUCGCUGAUACUAGCUAAGCCUGCAUCUGUGCCAUUGGCUGUCAUGGCUACAGGGACCAACUCCCUGUUGGAGAGCCUUAAGAAAAUGCAAGAUGGACAGAGCGGUGCAGUGCAGGCAGAUUCAUGUUCUGCUGCACAGACUCCUGAAACAACGGCACCUGCAGUUUCUCUGGAUUUGGGCUCCCCUGUAUCUAUGACCCCAUCUGAGGCCAAGCCCUCACUCACGCUAAGCAUACCUUCUUCCUUGGCUGCUCCUUCCUCCAGUGCUCCCCAGCCUGCCAGUACUAUGAGUAGCUUGGUGUCGACAUCUUCCUCUGAAUUGGGCCAAACCCCAUCAAGACCCUCCUCUGCCCCAAAACCAAGCAUCCUCUUUGGAAUUCUCACUAGCCCUCCUGCCAGUCAACCCGCUCCAGCAGCAGCAGCAGCAGCAGCAUCUUCUGUAUCCAACACAGCACCUGUAUUCAAACCCAUCUUUGGCAACAUGACAAAAACUGAUAGUCCUGGUUUCUCUGCAGGCAGUGCCUCUGUGGCUGUGGCUGCAUCUCCUGGGACUGUGCCCUCCUCUGCAUCUCCUUCCGUUACCCCCAGCAGCAGCACAUUCAAGCCCAUCUUUGGGAAUGUACCCCCACCUGCAGCUGCUGCUCCACCUGCCACCACGACACCUUCUUUCUUUGCAUUCAAGCACACACCCCAGCCAGCCCCUGGUCUGCCCGCCACUGCCUCAAGCACAUCUUCUGGGUUUCCCACUGUCUCUGAGUCUGUUGUGACUAUGGCAAUGUCAUCCUCAGCCACAACAAGCUCAACAACUGUCUCCAUGAACACACCAGUGUUCAGCUUCGGCCUUGGCGUGCCAACUUCAGCCCCUGCACCCAGCACCACAACAGCUGUCACUGCCCCGUCAUCCCAGUCCUUCCUGUUUGGGGUCCCCUCCAGUGGUGCUGUGGCCUCCAAUGCAACCGCAACCCCCCUUUUCCAGUUUGGGAAACUGGCUACCGCUGCUGGCCCCAGCAACACCUUGGCGAGCUCUGCCUUCAGCCAGGCAUCCGCCAGCACAGCAGAGUCUGGUCCCAGCAGCGCCACCACAGCAGCCAUGGGCUUCAGCAUCUUUAGCAGUGGCGGCAGCACUGCCGCCACCACUCAGGCCCCUUCUGCGGCACCACCUUCGACACAGCCUCCUCUGACAUUUGGGUCCGGCCCUUCUGCUUUCAGUGGGGCCUUUGGCACUGCUUCAAAACCACCCCCUCCAUACACGGGGGAUGCCAGCCAGCUGACUUUUGAACCUACUGUCCCCGAUGGGCAGCAGCAGCAGCAGCAGCAGCUCACCACCAAGCCAACAGCCAGCCCAGUGAGCUUCGGAACACCUUUCAACUUCUCUGGCUCAGUUGCUCAGCCUGCAGCGCAGCCAGCAUUUGGCAGCACCACACAGACGACCUUCGGCGGGACUGGGCCUCUAACAUCCUUUGGCUCCAAAAGCACCACUCAGCCAGCAUUUGGAGCCACAACAUCCAUCUUCUCCUUUGGGACAGCCACCACAUCAGCCAUGUCAGGUUUUGGAUCCAACACCCAGACGACAAACAGUGGCACGGGGGGUUCAGUGUUCGGUAGCUCCACUGUAUCUCCUUUCACAUUUGGGGCAUCUAACCCACCAACAGCAGCAGGCAGUACCUUUGGCAUUGGCACUUCAGCUGCUGCAGGAUCCAGCACCCCUAUGGUGGGCUUCAGCUUUGGUGGGCAGAGUGGGACUGUGGGUGCAGCGACACCCUUUGCCUCUUCCUUGGCACAAAACCCACUGGGUGCCCAGAACCAGAGUGCUCCCUUUGCUUUCAGUAUCCCUGGUACUCCGGAGAGCAAGCCAGCAUUUGGAGGAACUCCUACCCCCACUUUUGGGCAGAGUUCACCUGCACCAGGAGGGACUACUGGAGGCAGUAACCUUCCUUUUGGAACCCCCAUUACCCCAGCCUUUGGAGGAGCAGGGCCUACAUUUGGGCCUCCAACACCUGCAUUCUCCAUUGGGGCAGGAUCCAAAACGAUGAGCCGUCAACGUUUGCAGGCACGACGGCAGCAUCCCCGUAAAAAGUAGCCAGGAGCUUCUUCUUGCUUGGACUUCCGCUUCUGGCUUUACCUGUUCAGAGGCCUGCGCCGGGCAUACAAAUCAAGGGAGGUGUGUUCUGGCAUCUGUCCUAAGGGAGGCUGGCCUGACAGUCUUGUUCUGUGAAAUCGACAGGAAAUUACUUUGGAUUGCAGCAGUUUUUUUACCCCCCUCAAGCAGGACAGGGAAACCAAGCCCUUUUUACUUGAACAAUCCAUGGCUGAGUCUGGAUGGAAUUUUGUACCUAUCGGCUCUCUUCCCUCCCUCAUGUAAACAGCCUCCCAUGGGUCUGUCUUCCCCAAGUCCUUGCCUUCUCUGACCUCAGCCUGACACCCAUGUUUGGCUGCCAAAUGAGGGUGGUGUGUAGAAGUGGCUGCUGGCCACAUGCAUGUUCCCAGUUGCAAUCCAGCUCUUUUUCCAUCUCUCCCUCUUCCCUCUUCUUCUUCCCUCCCCGUAUUUUAAAAUUCCUUACAUGGUGUGCCCUGAUCCUGUCACACACCAGAUCUCAGAAGCCUUUCCCUAGGACGCUGUCAGGCACCUCCAGUCGCAACUCCUCUCCAAAGUAAACCCUCUCCAGUUUGUGGGUUGUCUUCUCCACCACAACCUAGGCAAGGAGGGGAAAGCCCAUGCUGUUGAGGUGUUGUGGUUUCACAGGAGCCCUUGGUCGAAACACUAAUCACGGUUAACGGGGGCUACAAGACUGAUCAGACGUCCCAGCGAACUGAAAAUAUGAAUUUGCCAGAGUGAGGGGGCACAGAGGGGAGGCCCCCCCCCUCCUCUGCACCGCUUGUGUGAGUCAGUGGCAGAGAGAUGCUGCUGCUCCAUUGAAGUACCCUAUUCUUUUCUCUCCCCCCUCCCUUUCCCAAAUCGUCUGUGUUUGUUCACGGUAUGUUUGUGCUCUAAUUCUUUUUUUUUAAUUUGCUCUGUGAAUCGAGUUUGGAGGAAGAACUGAAUUGUAUGUAUGGCGGCAUGUUGAUAAUGCCGGACUUGCUGUAAACAUUUUUGGGGGUUGCCUGUCUCCAGCGGAGACGAACCCCACCUAAUUGGGUGUGGACGGUAGCAUCACUGUGUGACUAUGAGCGUUGAAUGAACCUGACCGCGAAGCAUUGUGCUGUUUGGAAGGCUGGCAGCGGGAGGGGUGGGGCCGUCUCCCCAACUGCUCAGCAGUUCUGGAGCCCUGCUAGGAGGUCUGAGGCCUUGUUCCCAUCCACUGGGAGGAGCAAAGGUUCUGGCUUGGAAGGGAUUUUCCCAGCACCCCAGUGGAAGAGAGAUCAUUGCAAAAGAUUUAUCCAGCUCUUCCCGGUGGCGUUCUUCCUGCAUUUACAGGCGUUAUAUAAGAGCAACUCAGCAAGUGGUAUUUCUCCUUCCCAGGAAAGGGAUCGGUAUGAGAACUCCCGUGCUUGUCACCUGCUCCCUGGUCUAGAAGUUCAAAUCCAGCUGCCAGCUCUUUUUACUACAUUGGAGACAACAGUGUGAAUGUGUGUGUGCGCCUGCCUAAGUCUAAAUUAAAAAAAAUAUUUAAACAUUUUUUAACAAAAUAAAACUUUAUUUUUAUAUUUAAGCUAAAUUGCCUUCGAAUUCCUUCAAGCUUGGUUCAUAGAGGUGUGAAAGUACAAAGCUGUUUGUUAGGAAUUGGCCUGCACAGUUGUGAGGGGGAGGGGGCAGCAACAGUCACGGGCCAGGCCUCUGUCCUCAUCUGAUAGCUUCAGGAGGGCCCAGGCCUGCUCCUUUGCCUGCUGCUGCCUCCUCACAUGGGCCAGUGUUUCAUAUGUUUUUGUGUUUAGAAUGUGGAUGUGGCUAAGUUUUUUUAAAAAAAUGCUUCGAGAGCUCUUGCACGUUUAGAUGGUGUUUUGGGGGGGGGGUGUUCUGUUUGGGCCAACAAGCAUCUCUUGGAGUACAGAGGAGAGAAACCUGACAGGCUGCUGGAUGCAUCUUAAGGGGGUGUGCGUGGUGUGCAAAGGAGCUGGCCCUGUUGUGAGGCACACAAACAGCUGUUGUGAGGCACCAACGUGUUGACCUUCAGGGAUACCAAAGCAGUGUCUCACCCUAGGAACAGUGCUUCUUCAAGGAUCUCAGUUCCAUGGCUGAGGUUUUGUUUUUACCCAGGGCUAGCCCCUAGUGUAUCUGCAUACCAUCCCUACUGUGGUAUGUGUGUGUUUUGGGGGGUAGGUACAGCUUAUCUCACAGUGGAGAUAAUUUGACUUCAAGUAUCUCCCCCAGUCUGACAGAGGAGACGAAAUUCUCUUUGCUCUCUUGCCCUGUGCUGCCUUGGGAGUGACUAGCAGUUAACCUGCCCAGGGAAGCAGGCAGCUCUUCUCAAGGCUGUGUCUGGUUGCCUGUGCAGAGCAUCCUGUUGCUGGGAGAUGCUGUGUGAGUGGGAUGCAGUAUGUGAAUAUGGGAAGAAUGGGUUUGACCUUUUUUUAAAAAUGUUGCAAUGAAUACUUGGAUCAUUCCUGUUGAGGGUUUUAGUGUGAAUGUGCAAUUUCCCCCCCUUGCUUAUGUUGAUUUAAAAUAAAAAAACAAAACUGCUUGA